GGCCCUGGCCUGGCCUGGCCUGGCCUGGCCUGGCCUGGCCUGGCCUGGCCUGGCCUGGCCUGGCCUGGCCUGGCCUGGCCUGGCCUGGCCUGGCCUGGCCUGGCCUGGCCUGGCCUGGCCUGGCCUGGCCUGGCCUGGCCUGGCCUGGCCUGGCCUGGCCUGGCCUGGCCUGGCCUGGCCUGGCCUGGCCUGGCCUGGCCUGGCCUGGCCUGGCCUGGCCUGGCCUGGCCUGGCCUGGCCUGGCCUGGCCUGGCCUGGCCUGGCCUGGCCUGGCCUGGCCUGGCCUGGCCUGGCCUGGCCUGGCCUGGCCUGGCCUGGCCUGGCCUGGCCUGGCCUGGCCUGGCCUGGCCUGGCCUGGCCUGGCCUGGCCUGGCCUGGCCUGGCCUGGCCUGGCCUGGCCUGGCCUGGCCUGGCCUGGCCUGGCCUGGCCUGGCCUGGCCUGGCCUGGCCUGGCCUGGCCUGGCCUGGCCUGGCCUGGCCUGGCCUGGCCUGGCCUGGCCUGGCCUGGCCUGGCCUGGCCUGGCCUGGCCUGGCCUGGCCUGGCCUGGCCUGGCCUGGCCUGGCCUGGCCUGGCCUGGCCUGGCCUGGCCUGGCCUGGCCUGGCCUGGCCUGGCCUGGCCUGGCCUGGCCUGGCCUGGCCUGGCCUGGCCUGGCCUGGCCUGGCCUGGCCUGGCCUGGCCUGGCCUGGCCUGGCCUGGCCUGGCCUGGCCUGGCCUGGCCUGGCCUGGCCUGGCCUGGCCUGGCCUGGCCUGGCCUGGCCUGGCCUGGCCUGGCCUGGCCUGGCCUGGCCUGGCCUGGCCUGGCCUGGCCUGGCCUGGCCUGGCCUGGCCUGGCCUGGCCUGGCCUGGCCUGGCCUGGCCUGGCCUGGCCUGGCCUGGCCUGGCCUGGCCUGGCCUGGCCUGGCCUGGCCUGGCCUGGCCUGGCCUGGCCUGGCCUGGCCUGGCCUGGCCUGGCCUGGCCUGGCCUGGCCUGGCCUGGCCUGGCCUGGCCUGGCCUGGCCUGGCCUGGCCUGGCCUGGCCUGGCCUGGCCUGGCCUGGCCUGGCCUGGCCUGGCCUGGCCUGGCCUGGCCUGGCCUGGCCUGGCCUGGCCUGGCCUGGCCUGGCCUGGCCUGGCCUGGCCUGGCCUGGCCUGGCCUGGCCUGGCCUGGCCUGGCCUGGCCUGGCCUGGCCUGGCCUGGCCUGGCCUGGCCUGGCCUGGCCUGGCCUGGCCUGGCCUGGCCUGGCCUGGCCUGGCCUGGCCUGGCCUGGCCUGGCCUGGCCUGGCCUGGCCUGGCCUGGCCUGGCCUGGCCUGGCCUGGCCUGGCCUGGCCUGGCCUGGCCUGGCCUGGCCUGGCCUGGCCUGGCCUGGCCUGGCCUGGCCUGGCCUGGCCUGGCCUGGCCUGGCCUGGCCUGGCCUGGCCUGGCCUGGCCUGGCCUGGCCUGGCCUGGCCUGGCCUGGCCUGGCCUGGCCUGGCCUGGCCUGGCCUGGCCUGGCCUGGCCUGGCCUGGCCUGGCCUGGCCUGGCCUGGCCCUGGCCUGGCCUGGCCUGGCCUGGCCUGGCCUGGCCUGGCCUGGCCUGGCCUGGCCUGGCCUGGCCUGGCCUGGCCUGGCCUGGCCUGGCCUGGCCUGGCCUGGCCUGGCCUGGCCUGGCCUGGCCUGGCCUGGCCUGGCCUGGCCUGGCCUGGCCUGGCCUGGCCUGGCCUGGCCUGGCCUGGCCUGGCCUGGCCUGGCCUGGCCUGGCCUGGCCUGGCCUGGCCUGGCCUGGCCUGGCCUGGCCUGGCCUGGCCUGGCCUGGCCUGGCCUGGCCUGGCCUGGCCUGGCCUGGCCUGGCCUGGCCUGGCCUGGCCUGGCCUGGCCUGGCCUGGCCUGGCCUGGCCUGGCCUGGCCUGGCCUGGCCUGGCCUGGCCUGGCCUGGCCUGGCCUGGCCUGGCCUGGCCUGGCCUGGCCUGGCCUGGCCUGGCCUGGCCCUGGCCUGGCCUGGCCUGGCCUGGCCUGGCCUGGCCUGGCCUGGCCUGGCCUGGCCUGGCCUGGCCUGGCCUGGCCUGGCCUGGCCUGGCCUGGCCUGGCCUGGCCUGGCCUGGCCUGGCCUGGCCUGGCCUGGCCUGGCCUGGCCUGGCCUGGCCUGGCCUGGCCUGGCCUGGCCUGGCCUGGCCUGGCCUGGCCUGGCCUGGCCUGGCCUGGCCUGGCCUGGCCCUGGCCUGGCCUGGCCUGGCCUGGCCUGGCCUGGCCUGGCCUGGCCUGGCCUGGCCUGGCCUGGCCUGGCCUGGCCUGGCCUGGCCUGGCCUGGCCUGGCCUGGCCUGGCCUGGCCUGGCCUGGCCUGGCCUGGCCUGGCCUGGCCUGGCCUGGCCUGGCCUGGCCUGGCCUGGCCUGGCCUGGCCUGGCCUGGCCUGGCCUGGCCUGGCCUGGCCUGGCCUGGCCUGGCCUGGCCUGGCCUGGCCUGGCCUGGCCUGGCCUGGCCUGGCCUGGCCUGGCCUGGCCUGGCCUGGCCUGGCCUGGCCUGGCCUGGCCUGGCCUGGCCUGGCCUGGCCUGGCCUGGCGGCCUGGCCUGGCCUGGCCUGGCCUGGCCUGGCCUGGCCUGGCCUGGCCUGGCCUGGCCUGGCCUGGCCUGGCCUGGCCUGGCCUGGCCUGGCCUGGCCUGGCCUGGCCUGGCCUGGCCUGGCCUGGCCUGGCCUGGCCUGGCCUGGCCUGGCCUGGCCUGGCCUGGCCUGGCCUGGCCUGGCCUGGCCUGGCCUGGCCUGGCCUGGCCUGGCCUGGCCUGGCCUGGCCUGGCCUGGCCUGGCCUGGCCUGGCCUGGCCUGGCCUGGCCUGGCCUGGCCUGGCCUGGCCUGGCCUGGCCUGGCCUGGCCUGGCCUGGCCUGGCCUGGCCUGGCCUGGCCUGGCCUGGCCUGGCCUGGCCUGGCCUGGCCUGGCCUGGCCUGGCCUGGCCUGGCCUGGCCUGGCCUGGCCUGGCCUGGCCUGGCCUGGCCUGGCCUGGCCUGGCCUGGCCUGGCCUGGCCUGGCCUGGCCUGGCCUGGCCUGGCCUGGCCUGGCCUGGCCUGGCCUGGCCUGGCCUGGCCUGGCCUGGCCUGGCCUGGCCUGGCCUGGCCUGGCCUGGCCUGGCCUGGCCUGGCCUGGCCUGGCCUGGCCUGGCCUGGCCUGGCCUGGCCUGGCCUGGCCUGGCCUGGCCUGGCCUGGCCUGGCCUGGCCUGGCCUGGCCUGGCCUGGCCUGGCCUGGCCUGGCCUGGCCUGGCCUGGCCUGGCCUGGCCUGGCCUGGCCUGGCCUGGCCUGGCCUGGCCUGGCCUGGCCUGGCCUGGCCUGGCCUGGCCUGGCCUGGCCUGGCCUGGCCUGGCCUGGCCUGGCCUGGCCUGGCCUGGCCUGGCCUGGCCUGGCCUGGCCUGGCCUGGCCUGGCCUGGCCUGGCCUGGCCUGGCCUGGCCUGGCCUGGCCUGGCCUGGCCUGGCCUGGCCUGGCCUGGCCUGGCCUGGCCUGGCCUGGCCUGGCCUGGCCUGGCCUGGCCUGGCCUGGCCUGGCCUGGCCUGGCCUGGCCUGGCCUGGCCUGGCCUGGCCUGGCCUGGCCUGGCCUGGCCUGGCCUGGCCUGGCCUGGCCUGGCCUGGCCUGGCCUGGCCUGGCCUGGCCUGGCCUGGCCUGGCCUGGCCUGGCCUGGCCUGGCCUGGCCUGGCCUGGCCUGGCCUGGCCUGGCCUGGCCUGGCCUGGCCUGGCCUGGCCUGGCCUGGCCUGGCCUGGCCUGGCCUGGCCUGGCCUGGCCUGGCCUGGCCUGGCCUGGCCUGGCCUGGCCUGGCCUGGCCUGGCCUGGCCUGGCCUGGCCUGGCCUGGCCUGGCCUGGCCUGGCCUGGCCUGGCCUGGCCUGGCCUGGCCUGGCCUGGCCUGGCCUGGCCUGGCCUGGCCUGGCCUGGCCUGGCCUGGCCUGGCCUGGCCUGGCCUGGCCUGGCCUGGCCUGGCCUGGCCUGGCCUGGCCUGGCCUGGCCUGGCCUGGCCUGGCCUGGCCUGGCCUGGCCUGGCCUGGCCUGGCCUGGCCUGGCCUGGCCUGGCCUGGCCUGGCCUGGCCUGGCCUGGCCUGGCCUGGCCUGGCCUGGCCUGGCCUGGCCUGGCCUGGCCUGGCCUGGCCUGGCCUGGCCUGGCCUGGCCUGGCCUGGCCUGGCCUGGCCUGGCCUGGCCUGGCCUGGCCUGGCCUGGCCUGGCCUGGCCUGGCCUGGCCUGGCCUGGCCUGGCCUGGCCUGGCCUGGCCUGGCCUGGCCUGGCCUGGCCUGGCCUGGCCUGGCCUGGCCUGGCCUGGCCUGGCCUGGCCUGGCCUGGCCUGGCCUGGCCUGGCCUGGCCUGGCCUGGCCUGGCCUGGCCUGGCCUGGCCUGGCCUGGCCUGGCCUGGCCUGGCCUGGCCUGGCCUGGCCUGGCCUGGCCUGGCCUGGCCUGGCCUGGCCUGGCCUGGCCUGGCCUGGCCUGGCCUGGCCUGGCCUGGCCUGGCCUGGCCUGGCCUGGCCUGGCCUGGCCUGGCCUGGCCUGGCCUGGCCUGGCCUGGCCUGGCCUGGCCUGGCCUGGCCCUGGCCUGGCCUGGCCUGGCCUGGCCUGGCCUGGCCUGGCCUGGCCUGGCCUGGCCUGGCCUGGCCUGGCCUGGCCUGGCCUGGCCUGGCCUGGCCUGGCCUGGCCUGGCCUGGCCUGGCCUGGCCUGGCCUGGCCUGGCCUGGCCUGGCCUGGCCUGGCCUGGCCUGGCCUGGCCUGGCCUGGCCUGGCCUGGCCUGGCCUGGCCUGGCCUGGCCUGGCCUGGCCUGGCCUGGCCUGGCCUGGCCUGGCCUGGCCUGGCCUGGCCUGGCCUGGCCUGGCCUGGCCUGGCCUGGCCUGGCCUGGCCUGGCCUGGCCUGGCCUGGCCUGGCCUGGCCUGGCCUGGCCUGGCCUGGCCUGGCCUGGCCUGGCCUGGCCUGGCCUGGCCUGGCCUGGCCUGGCCUGGCCUGGCCUGGCCUGGCCUGGCCUGGCCUGGCCUGGCCUGGCCUGGCCUGGCCUGGCCUGGCCUGGCCUGGCCUGGCCUGGCCUGGCCUGGCCUGGCCUGGCCUGGCCUGGCCUGGCCUGGCCUGGCCUGGCCUGGCCUGGCCUGGCCUGGCCUGGCCUGGCCUGGCCUGGCCUGGCCUGGCCUGGCCUGGCCUGGCCUGGCCUGGCCUGGCCUGGCCUGGCCUGGCCUGGCCUGGCCUGGCCUGGCCUGGCCUGGCCUGGCCUGGCCUGGCCUGGCCUGGCCUGGCCUGGCCUGGCCUGGCCUGGCCUGGCCUGGCCUGGCCUGGCCUGGCCUGGCCUGGCCUGGCCUGGCCUGGCCUGGCCUGGCCUGGCCUGGCCUGGCCUGGCCUGGCCUGGCCUGGCCUGGCCUGGCCUGGCCUGGCCUGGCCUGGCCUGGCCUGGCCUGGCCUGGCCUGGCCUGGCCUGGCCUGGCCUGGCCUGGCCUGGCCUGGCCUGGCCUGGCCUGGCCUGGCCUGGCCUGGCCUGGCCUGGCCUGGCCUGGCCUGGCCUGGCCUGGCCUGGCCUGGCCUGGCCUGGCCUGGCCUGGCCUGGCCUGGCCUGGCCUGGCCUGGCCUGGCCUGGCCUGGCCUGGCCUGGCCUGGCCUGGCCUGGCCUGGCCUGGCCUGGCCUGGCCUGGCCUGGCCUGGCCUGGCCUGGCCUGGCCUGGCCUGGCCUGGCCUGGCCUGGCCUGGCCUGGCCUGGCCUGGCCUGGCCUGGCCUGGCCUGGCCUGGCCUGGCCUGGCCUGGCCUGGCCUGGCCUGGCCUGGCCUGGCCUGGCCUGGCCUGGCCUGGCCUGGCCUGGCCUGGCCUGGCCUGGCCUGGCCUGGCCUGGCCUGGCCUGGCCUGGCCUGGCCUGGCCUGGCCUGGCCUGGCCUGGCCUGGCCUGGCCUGGCCUGGCCUGGCCUGGCCUGGCCUGGCCUGGCCUGGCCUGGCCUGGCCUGGCCUGGCCUGGCCUGGCCUGGCCUGGCCUGGCCUGGCCUGGCCUGGCCUGGCCUGGCCUGGCCUGGCCUGGCCUGGCCUGGCCUGGCCUGGCCUGGCCUGGCCUGGCCUGGCCUGGCCUGGCCUGGCCUGGCCUGGCCUGGCCUGGCCUGGCCUGGCCUGGCCUGGCCUGGCCUGGCCUGGCCUGGCCUGGCCUGGCCUGGCCUGGCCUGGCCUGGCCUGGCCUGGCCUGGCCUGGCCUGGCCUGGCCUGGCCUGGCCUGGCCUGGCCUGGCCUGGCCUGGCCUGGCCUGGCCUGGCCUGGCCUGGCCUGGCCUGGCCUGGCCUGGCCUGGCCUGGCCUGGCCUGGCCUGGCCUGGCCUGGCCUGGCCUGGCCUGGCCUGGCCUGGCCUGGCCUGGCCUGGCCUGGCCUGGCCUGGCCUGGCCUGGCCUGGCCUGGCCUGGCCUGGCCUGGCCUGGCCUGGCCUGGCCUGGCCUGGCCUGGCCUGGCCUGGCCUGGCCUGGCCUGGCCUGGCCUGGCCUGGCCUGGCCUGGCCUGGCCUGGCCUGGCCUGGCCUGGCCUGGCCUGGCCUGGCCUGGCCUGGCCUGGCCUGGCCUGGCCUGGCCUGGCCUGGCCUGGCCUGGCCUGGCCUGGCCUGGCCUGGCCUGGCCUGGCCUGGCCUGGCCUGGCCUGGCCUGGCCUGGCCUGGCCUGGCCUGGCCUGGCCUGGCCUGGCCUGGCCUGGCCUGGCCCUGGCCUGGCCUGGCCUGGCCUGGCCUGGCCUGGCCUGGCCUGGCCUGGCCUGGCCUGGCCUGGCCUGGCCUGGCCUGGCCUGGCCUGGCCUGGCCUGGCCUGGCCUGGCCUGGCCUGGCCUGGCCUGGCCUGGCCUGGCCUGGCCUGGCCUGGCCUGGCCUGGCCUGGCCUGGCCUGGCCUGGCCUGGCCUGGCCUGGCCUGGCCUGGCCUGGCCUGGCCUGGCCUGGCCUGGCCUGGCCUGGCCUGGCCUGGCCUGGCCUGGCCUGGCCUGGCCUGGCCUGGCCUGGCCUGGCCUGGCCUGGCCUGGCCUGGCCUGGCCUGGCCUGGCCUGGCCUGGCCUGGCCUGGCCUGGCCUGGCCUGGCCUGGCCUGGCCUGGCCUGGCCUGGCCUGGCCUGGCCUGGCCUGGCCUGGCCUGGCCUGGCCUGGCCUGGCCUGGCCUGGCCUGGCCUGGCCUGGCCUGGCCUGGCCUGGCCCUGGCCUGGCCUGGCCUGGCCUGGCCUGGCCUGGCCUGGCCUGGCCUGGCCUGGCCUGGCCUGGCCUGGCCUGGCCUGGCCUGGCCUGGCCUGGCCUGGCCUGGCCUGGCCUGGCCUGGCCUGGCCUGGCCUGGCCUGGCCUGGCCUGGCCUGGCCUGGCCUGGCCUGGCCUGGCCUGGCCUGGCCUGGCCUGGCCUGGCCUGGCCUGGCCUGGCCUGGCCUGGCCUGGCCUGGCCUGGCCUGGCCUGGCCUGGCCUGGCCUGGCCUGGCCUGGCCUGGCCUGGCCUGGCCUGGCCUGGCCUGGCCUGGCCUGGCCUGGCCUGGCCUGGCCUGGCCUGGCCUGGCCUGGCCUGGCCUGGCCUGGCCUGGCCUGGCCUGGCCUGGCCUGGCCUGGCCUGGCCUGGCCUGGCCUGGCCUGGCCUGGCCUGGCCUGGCCUGGCCUGGCCUGGCCUGGCCUGGCCUGGCCCUGGCCUGGCCUGGCCUGGCCUGGCCUGGCCUGGCCUGGCCUGGCCUGGCCUGGCCUGGCCUGGCCUGGCCUGGCCUGGCCUGGCCUGGCCUGGCCUGGCCUGGCCUGGCCUGGCCUGGCCUGGCCUGGCCUGGCCUGGCCUGGCCUGGCCUGGCCUGGCCUGGCCUGGCCUGGCCUGGCCUGGCCUGGCCUGGCCUGGCCUGGCCUGGCCUGGCCUGGCCUGGCCUGGCCUGGCCUGGCCUGGCCUGGCCUGGCCUGGCCUGGCCUGGCCUGGCCUGGCCUGGCCUGGCCUGGCCUGGCCUGGCCUGGCCUGGCCUGGCCUGGCCUGGCCUGGCCUGGCCUGGCCUGGCCUGGCCUGGCCUGGCCUGGCCUGGCCUGGCCUGGCCUGGCCUGGCCUGGCCUGGCCUGGCCUGGCCUGGCCUGGCCUGGCCUGGCCUGGCCUGGCCUGGCCUGGCCUGGCCUGGCCUGGCCUGGCCUGGCCUGGCCUGGCCUGGCCUGGCCUGGCCUGGCCUGGCCUGGCCUGGCCUGGCCUGGCCUGGCCUGGCCUGGCCUGGCCUGGCCUGGCCUGGCCUGGCCUGGCCUGGCCUGGCCUGGCCUGGCCUGGCCUGGCCUGGCCUGGCCUGGCCUGGCCUGGCCUGGCCUGGCCUGGCCUGGCCUGGCCUGGCCUGGCCUGGCCUGGCCUGGCCUGGCCUGGCCUGGCCUGGCCUGGCCUGGCCUGGCCUGGCCUGGCCUGGCCUGGCCUGGCCUGGCCUGGCCUGGCCUGGCCUGGCCUGGCCUGGCCUGGCCUGGCCUGGCCUGGCCUGGCCUGGCCUGGCCUGGCCUGGCCUGGCCUGGCCUGGCCUGGCCUGGCCUGGCCUGGCCUGGCCUGGCCUGGCCUGGCCUGGCCUGGCCUGGCCUGGCCUGGCCUGGCCUGGCCUGGCCUGGCCUGGCCUGGCCUGGCCUGGCCUGGCCUGGCCUGGCCUGGCCUGGCCUGGCCUGGCCUGGCCUGGCCUGGCCUGGCCUGGCCUGGCCUGGCCUGGCCUGGCCUGGCCUGGCCUGGCCUGGCCUGGCCUGGCCUGGCCUGGCCUGGCCUGGCCUGGCCUGGCCUGGCCUGGCCUGGCCUGGCCUGGCCUGGCCUGGCCUGGCCUGGCCUGGCCUGGCCUGGCCUGGCCUGGCCUGGCCUGGCCUGGCCUGGCCUGGCCUGGCCCUGGCCUGGCCGAAAAUAUCAGAACUAAUUUACAAUAAAGUGACCCAACCAAUAAUAACUUACGCCGCUAAUAUAUGGGGCCACGUAGCAUCCAAAACAACCGUCAAAAAUAAAUUAAUCAGUUUACAACGUAACUUCGCGAUUAAAGCCAUCCGUGGGUUCCGAACCAUUUCCGCCAACGCCGCCAUUGCCCUAGCUCGUUUCACACCCUUAGAUCUCAAAGUUUUAGAAGCCCACGAAAUAGACACAACCCGUAUAAAUCGCAGUUCAAAUAGAAUUCCAAAUGACAUCCCCCUAGAAAAACCGGCAACCUUUUCGGACUUACUUCACCCAGCUGAACGUAUUUCAAUCCACACACUCACACCUGAUACAUACAAUCAAAUCAAUCACUCCGGGUUUCACCACAUUUACACGGACGGUAGCAAACACGAGAACGGCUCUACGGGCGCUUCUUAUGUGGUAUACCGCCCCCUUGAACGCACACACAAACACGUACACACCAAACUCGUCAAACUUCACCACACCAGCUCUGUAUUUCAAGCAGAGCUUGUCGCUAUCAAACACGCAUGCACAUAUAUACAAAACAAAAACAUCACCCACGCUAUUAUCCACACAGACUCACUCUCCUCAAUCUCUGCCCUCAAACAGAGCAACAAUACACACCCCAUCGUGACAGACAUACACAAAACACUUCACCAAAUCCAGUACACUCACACCAACAACAAUAUACUAUUCAGCUGGGUGAAGGGGCACUCGGGCGUGGAAGGGAAUGAAGCAGCAGAUAUAGCCGCUAAUAAGGCUGCAAACGCUCAUAAAGCACCAGACUUCAUUUCUUGCCCCAUUUCUUACAUCAAGAAACAGAUCAAAAACGAAACAUCAUUAACUUCCCAAACCAGAUAUUCCAACGAAAAUAAAGGGUCCCACACUAAAAACAUAUUCCCUCUUCUCUCCGACAUAGAUAACUUCUUUAAAGCCAUUCCCGUUUCGUUCCAAAUGACGCAAUUUCUAACAGCCCACUCUUAUGCAAAACAUUAUUUACACCGAUUUCACAUCUCCGACGAUCCCUUCUGUCCUUGCGAUAAUAACUCCAAUCAAACCCUCGAUCAUCUCACAAGACACUGCCCUCGCUUCACCCUCGCACGACACGCCCACGAAGAGCUCUGCCGGUACGCGGACACCGAACCUUACGAUAUACCCCAAAUAAUAAAAAAGCACGAUACCUCUAAAUCAUUUGAAAAUUUCGUGAAACACAUUAUAAACAAUUUAAAAAACUUUAAUCAAAAUACCCGCGAUAAUUAA